GGCUGCAUACACUUUAUCCCCGAGACUCCACUUCGUGGGCAAACACUGGGUAAUGUUGUUGUUGUUGUUGUUGCGGAAGGGCAAAAAGUGCCCUAUUCAAUAAAUUCAGAGCCCCUCAAUGCAAUUUCAAUCUUCUCAAAACGACAUCGUUUUAAACUUUCUGAAUCUCCUUCAACCUCAAUAAUCUUCUGUACAUCAUCAGAUUCAAUCUCUCUGUGUGUAUCUACAAUGGAUCCAAAAUCAUGUUACCGAUUUACCUUCCUAUUACUCAUCUCUCUCUUCCUCCAAUCUACUGUUGUUAGUGGAAAGUCCUCGGUGUUUUUCAUUGAUAACCCAUCUCACCGUUACUUCCGUUCACCUUCUUCUAAGAUAAGUUCCUUGUCUCUUUCUGAAGUUGGUGCUACUGUAUCAGUCUUGCUUGGUUUUGCACCUCCUGCUACACUUUCCGCCGCUAGUUCAUCGAAGUUGAAUGAGGUACUCAUACCAAAUCCAUUUGAUAGGCCGGGUUCUGUCCUCAUCGUAGAAGUUACAGGAGCUGAAGGUGUUUCUAUUGAGGCCCUUAGAAGCGAUGUAAUGAACAAAAAUAGAGCUGACAUUCAACUUCCAGAUGCAAAUGAAGUUUCUCUUUUUUCAUUGGAUGAACCAAAGACAGAUGCUGAAUAUUCAGACAAAGAACUAAGUGACUUUGCAUCAUGGUUCAGUGGUUCAUAUGUGAAUGGAGAGCUGACAAUUCCCUUGGAGAAUGCCGCAGAUUUGAAAUUUCAAUUGUCAAAGGAAGCAGAUAGGGAGUUUGUAACAAGUCUUGUUUCACUCACCCAUAAGAUUCAAAGAGCAAUGGAGAUGCACCACGAUUUGUCUGGAGCUGUGCGCCGUCCAUCUGAGCUAAUUUCUGGAAAAUUUGAUGGCCUUAAGGCUCUCAAAGAGCAUUAUGGAGCAGAAGGUGUUGCCAAAGGAACCAAAUUGUUCAGUAUUGUGAUGUCGAAGAUGUUUGAUUCCUUAACUGAAGCGUACAAAGGUCAAAUUGUUGGAGUCAUUGUUUGUAAUGAAAGACCUUCAGUAGCAGAAUCAUUAUUCAAUGUCAUUUUCACUUCUCAACCAUCUGCCCGCUGGCUGGAGGAAACAAAAGAUUCAUCCAAUUCAACUGCUAUUGAAGAAAUUGUACUGGUUAGACGAACUGUUGCAUGGAUUACAGGAAUCUUGCUUAUAAUUGCCACUCUAUUAGGAAUCUACUUCCUCCUCAACAUGCCACUCACAAGGGACACCCUUCUCUAUUCUAAUGUGAAGCUCGACUAGAAUUCUGCAGCUGCAUUAAACAUCGGGACAUCAAUGGUGCAAUCUGCCCAUGAUACUGUACAAUUGUGAUUCUCUCCGGUUGCCUAUUUAAACUAAAUCGCCAUUAUCAUCAACUUAUAGCUGUUAAUAAACCUGGUUUUGCCUACGGGGGUUUUCCCGACUAGCUGUCUGUAGCAAUAUAUAUGGGGAAGUAUUCAUGGAAGCAAAUGGAGUAGGGGCUGUUGUAGUGAAAAGAGGUUGAGGAAACAGAUUGUGUUUUUGAUUAUUGUGUAAUUCAUUUAGAUUCUGGUGUUUGUAUUCCAAAACUAAAGUCUGCUUCAAUAUUUUUGACGAUGAAUAAAAUUUCAAAUUUGGA